AUGCCGGAUAUGGGCCACCCUCAGGAUAGAGAAAUUCUGAAGCCUGUCAGUCAAGUUGCUAAAGCCCUCGGGACCCCACCCUCGGGCGCUUCACGGUUAGUAUAUGGCAAUAUAUCCGAUACCCCAGCUCCUGCAGUCCCAGACCUAUCCUGGGGCGAUACGCCGCCAACCAAAAACGGCCCCCUUACGCCGAAGGGUGAUUUCGACUUUGAUGCUGGCGAUUCUUUGCCUCUGUCUCCCCUCGCUGCUCGCAAGGCUGGCACAAAAGCCCGGAAACUCGCCGCAAGCAACACCUCCCUGCUUGGCUUAGAUGAUGAUCUUCUUGAGAACCAAGGAUUGGGCUCAAACUACCUCCUGGCAUCUGGCUACGUGCCCCAGAGUCAUACGAGUCUAGUGGAACGGAAACGAGUAGUAUUAAAUGCACAGCAUGGAACGGAACAAAGCAAAUCCAGUGUCAAGACGGAGAGUUGUGAAGUAGUGUAUACUGCCACCUCUCCAGGGGGACCGCCUUCCUCGAGGCACCAUGCAGCCGCUUAUUCCGUCUCCCAAAUCAAGAUCGAAGCAGAGGAUAGUUCGGUACACCCGCGAGCGGUUGAGGCCUCCUGCCUGAGCUUGGAGAAAACUAGCGAGCGACAGGUUGGACUUGGCACAAAUGCACCGACAGUGAGUGCCACUAUCUCUGCAACCAGCGUCAAAGCCGAAUCUACUUUGCUCAAACCAGAUGUGGGAGUGGUCAGUGAAGCCAAACCAGAGGUUACGGGAGCCACAUUGACAACUGAGUCUUCUCCAAACCCCUCGACUAGCAAGUUUUCAGUCGCUCUUGUUUGGGGAUUGAGCAAAACACUCUCCCAAAUUCUACCCCUCGAAGCCGUUGCAAGACUGAAAAGUAGCCCUAGACAAUGUGUCGCUACAACACAAAAGGACAAGAGAUGUUGCAACCCAAAUAGCGCAAAACUAACAGAGGAUAUGGUCGCCGAUUUGUUAAAACAGAUAUCCCCUCUCAAGCGACCAUUUGAAGUUUCUGUUGUUGCAAAGCAUAUACGAGCACUAGUGGCCCAGGCGACCUGUUUGCACACGCACCAACGUACCGCUAAGAAAUAUCUAGAAAGCCUGUGCUCUUAUUCUUGGGAGAUCAAUGAAAUAACCGACCGGGAUCCGCAUGAAGCCAAAGCCAUUGCAAAUAUGGCUGCUAGCGUAUUCCAGCUCUGGCUUGAGUCAUUGAUGAAAACUCCAACAGAGCCUGAAGGUACAAUCAAGCCGAUAAAUGAAGACACUUGUGUGGUUCAGAAGACCCUUGCUUCAACCAUUGACUUGAUCAAGGUUAUGGCUACAAUGGAGGAUAUUACCCUUCACCAUCCCGAUCCGGCAGUGGCAGCAACCUCGGAUUAUGACAAUAGUCGUGUCGUAACCACAUUUACUAAGACCUCGAGAAUUAAGCAAGCGGCAAAAGUUUUGGGAUCAGUGGUAUCGGGAACACAUCUUAACCACAACUUUGAGAAAUACGUCUGGCCUAAAUCGAAGAUCAAUCUCACUGUCCAGGAAUUGAUCCGGCAAACACUUGUGAGACCUUUGACCAGCGCUGACAUGGAUCGAUCUGGGUUUAUCUAUAUAUUCUGGCAUCCACCCAGCUUUGGAUAUGUCAAAAUAGGUUAUUCUAAAGAUGUCAACCGGCGGCUUCGAACCUGGGAGCGGAAAUGUGGGUUCACCGUGGACCAACACAGCCAAGAGGACAGAGGGCUGGUGCUGAGGGUAAAUCACCUACAUCGAGUCGAGUCCCUGAUUCACGCAGAGCUCAAAGAUGACAGGGUGUGCGAGCCCAGGUGCCCAGGUUGCGGGGGGAGUCAUAUUGAGUGGUUUCACGUCUCACCAGCGCAUGCCUUGAAGGUGGUUGCAAAGUGGACAAGCGUGUCUCUGUAUUCAGGUGGGGUGUUGAAACAAGGAGUUGAUGUAGCGGAGCUGUGCAAAGUGAUUGAAGAUGGAGAAGCCAUGAAACCACCGCUGACGAAAAAGCCUGCCAAAAGCCUGCCGAAGCAUCCGACGCGAGGUGGACGUCGUUCGCAAAGAAUCAGCCUCAAGCAAACACCGGCCGUUGGCUAA